GGGUGGGAGGAGCAUUUUGAAGUGAAGGACUUGACCAGUUGAACUACAAGCACCAGUUUAUUCCAAGUCCUGGGCAGUGUUAAGCGCUUUUGUACGAGAUUGUUUUUUCUUUUCGUACUGGUUUGUGAAAGUAAGGAACAACGCUGGGAAGGGAUAGGGGACUUUCAGCACAACAUUGGACAAAUGAUAGAUGUUUGACGAAGUUGAACUGAAGCUCCAAAAUUCAUAUUCCCUAUCCCCAGCGAAGCCGGGCCACCAAAGGACUGAUCUCCAAAGAAUAAAAUGCCAGCACAGUGUCUUACAAUGAUUGAAGUGUCCAUCCCGUCUUUGGAGAGAGCAGUGGACGAAUCGGGAAAGUUACGGAAACUUUUCAGAGUGGAGAUAUUGUUUAAUGGAAGAAAACACUUUGUGCUCAAGCGUCACACAGAGUUCCAGAACCUCCACAGAAAGCUGAAGAAAAUCCUGCAGACUCCAGACUUCCCUAGCAAGCGCAGCCCCCACCUGAGGCAGAAGCCCCUGGAACAGAGAAGGCAAGAACUGGAAGAUUACAUCCAGGAUAUUCUGUAUCUAAAUGAAGAGGUUCCUCAGGAAAUACUGGAUUUUCUGCAGGUCAAGCAUUUCCAUUCAGUGAACAAGAUCUGCAGUUUUGAAUCACUUGACGACUCCCAGACUAGGGACUUCAGAACCAGGAUCAUCUCCUGCACUGCAUUCCCAGGGUUGUCAACACAGUUCUUUCUCAGAGUACAGACAGUCAGCUACUACACCAGCGUGUGGUGGGCUUCUCGAAGGACCCCUACCUUCUGGACUCAGAUUCUGAUCUCCCAGAUGUCAUUGUCGAUGGUGUGCUCCAGGGCCUGUACCCGAGGGACAUCCGGGUCAGCUUCACUGACUGCACCAAGCCAAACGGCCCUGAAGGAAGUGCUUCUGCCACAGCCCCCAGGAACACAGGCAAAAGUGACCAGCCUAAACUUCCAGAGACAGACUGAGAGGAACUCUGUUCAUUUUGGAGGCAGCAGUAUCUUUGAAGACCACUUGACAUUUGCAACAACCCAUUUGUUUUAAGUGCCUUCAUUUUGGGUUAUUUAAAAUGGUUGGGGUUCCUGUACAAAGUGUUUUUUUUUUUUUUUAUGUCUCAUAUUGAAUAUGGCUUUGG